GUUUGUGGAGAGACUCCAGACUUCAGGAACACAGCAGAACUCAGCUGCUGCUCACUGAACUUCUGAGGCUUCAUGUCUUUUUAACCGCCGACAGACUCGCACAUCUGCAGCAAGCACCGAGAAGAAGAUGCUCAUAGAGAUGACUCUUACACAGCUUUUUGCUGUGCUCUUCUUGCCAGGAGCCUGGGGUCAGAGCGGCAGCAGUCUCGGUGUUGUGGUGGAGGCCAAGAACAUCACUGCCGCUGAAGGCUCGACGGUCACCCUGCCCUGCCAGAGCCCCCGCAUGGUGUGGACCCAGGACAGACUGAAGGACCGUCAGAGGGUAGUGCAUUGGGACUUAGUCCGCACCAGCCCAGAAUUAUCUAUGGAAAGAGUUCUGGAUAUGUCACCUGGAGCCCACCAGAGAGUUUAUAAUGGCUUCAACAAGGGACGCAUUUCCAUGCCAGACUCUGCCUUCACUGAUGGAAACUUCUCUCUUGUCAUCAACAAUGUGGUCGCAACUGACAAGGGUGUGUAUACAUGUAACCUACACCACCAUUACUGCCAGGUACACCAGUCCAUUCAGAUCCAGCUCAAUGUCACCAAGUCAGCUCGGAAGGAAAAGCGGUUUUGGGAUGGCGAGAAGACCGUGUUUGUGGUCUUGUUGGGCAGCUCUGUGGUGUUGCCUUGUGUGAACCGGAGGUCUCUUUGGAGAGAGGGUCUCCAGGAGGACCAGCAGCAGGUGGCUCACUGGGACUUCCAGCCCCCAGGAGUGCGUCCUGACAAAGCCGACCGACUGGUGGACCUCUACGCCUCCGGAGAGAAAAGGGAUUAUGGGCCCCUGUUUGGUCAGAGGAAGAUGAACAUACUGGAGGAUGCUUUUACACUCGGGGACUUCUCGCUCUUCAUCUCUGACUUGAAAGCUGUGGAUAAAGGCUUGUACUCCUGCCACCUGCACCACCACUACUGUGGUCUGUAUGAGAGGCGCAUCUUCAGACUCACUGUGGGACCUCGGCUUCCAUUUGAACCCAUUACAACUCGCAGAACUUUCCUUAAUGAUGAGCUAGAACCAAGGACCGAAGUCCUUUCACCACACAGGGAGGGUCCACAUGUGGUCAACUUCUUCCUCCCCGAACAACGAAAUUAUUUUGUGCAGCAUCUGGGCUACUUCUUGGCAACAUUCCUACUGCUGGCGUUCAUUGUUAUCGCUGUUGUGCUUUUGACUAGGAGACGCAAAAAGAGAGGGCUGGAGUUUGAACAGGGUGGAUCUGUUAGGGGAAUCGUGGCCAGUGGAGGGGAAAUGACAUUAGACUACUCAGAGGUGAAGACUUGUAACCAGCACCCUUUGAAUUCAGAAUUUAAAAACAACCUACUGAAGGAGACAGAUAUGACCAAAGACUGCAAUAAGGAGUUAGAUGGAAGGAUGUGGAAGUGAGCGUGAUAUUUCUGAGAAGCUGCUGGCAGGUCCAGGGCAACAAACCGAAUGAAGGACCACGGAGGGGAAAACAAACGUACAGGAGAGGACAGGAGGAAUGCUCCCUCUGCUGUAACCUGAGCACACUAACCUGUUCACCGGAAGGCAUCGCUUUUUCUUUUGCCUUACACU